AUGGGCAAUUGCAAAGAAAUAACUACUCCAAUGGGUUCUAGAACAUAUGUAGAUCAAGAUAAAUAUGAUAUUCCGGUUGAUAUAACAAAAUAUAGAGCAAAUCUAAAGGAAUCUCAUAUCGCCUCCGUGAAACGAAUCGUGAAGUAUCUCAAAGGAAAAACAAAGGUUGGACUAUGGUAUCCUAAAGUUAGUGUAUGUGAUUUAGUUGGUUAUUCUGAAUCAGAUUAUGCAGAUUGUAAAGCAGACCAGGAAAGCACAAACGGGACAUGUCAUAUCCUAAGAAAUGCUUUAGUAUCACGAUCUUAUAAAAAGCAAACAUGUAGUGCUCUUAGUACAACUGAAGUUGAAUAUAUUGCAGCAAAAAGUUGUUGUGCAUAA